CGGUACACAAAUACACAUUAUAUGUGACAAUGCAGCACGCUCAACCAGCAGACAUGCAACAAGUUGACUUUCGAACCUUUCCCCGAAGACUGCAUUUUGAAUGCGAGCUUUUAUAAUCUUAUUAAAUAGAUGUCAAAGAUGGUUUGAACAUCCAACGGCCCGACCUCGGCCCGCGGACAGUAAAUGGCGCUGCAGACCAAAGGCCUACGAGCGCAGGACGAUGGUGGAGCAGCUGCAGUCCCGCCCGGGGCAUUCGAAUGGGCCACCGUGUAUUCGUUUGGCGAGCGCGAAGGCGGCCAGGUCAAAUGCGCGUGUGCAAGCCAAAAGGCGGUGUACACAUCGAGCCGCGCGGGCGUGAGGAAGUGGGACGCCGGGACUGGACGUUCGAAUGAGCUCAUCAGCUCGGCCGCACUGCCGGGGCUGGUGCACGCCCUGUGCGUCAUUGGCAACACCGUGUGGGCUUGCACCGGAGAUGGGAAGAUCGCGCUGUAUGACACAAACACGGGCGACAUCAAAGUCAAGACCUUCGUGGCGCACCAGGGCGAGGUGUUGUGCAUCACGCCGGGGCCUGGCAACGCCUACGUGAUCACGGGUGGCGUGGACUUCAAUGCCAGGAGCUGGCAGCUGAACGGCAACGCUAUUGUGGCGUCCAAGUAUCACCACGGCGCAGUGGAGUGCGUGCUGGUGACGCCCCUCACGGCGCCGCCGCCCUCCUCGAGGCCCGCCUCCGCCAAGCCGGGGGCCGGCGCGGGCGCCGGCGACGCGGGUGGCGCCGGCACCGGCGGCAAGAUUUGGACGGGCUCGGCGGAUGGCACCGUGUUUUGCUGGCCGGACCCAGAGGGCAAGGGCCAGAUUAAUGAGGCGGAGGGCAAGUCCAUCAAGGUGGAGGGCGGCAAGGUCAAGAGCAUGGCGCACUCGGGCGACUGCGUAUGGGUGGGCAUGGACGACGGCCGGAUCAACGUGCUGCACCUGUCAGACGGCUCGCUGGUCAAGUCGCUGAAAGGCACGCACUCCGGCCCUGUGCUAACGCUGGCCAAGGUGGCUGACCAGAUGUGGAGCGGCUCGGGCGACAAGCUGAUAGCGGCGCAUGACUGUAGGCCGGGCAGCUCGCCGGCGACGCUCUUUACGCUUGGAGACCAGGGCGGCUACGUGAAAGGGCUCCUGACCAUUGGCUGGUGCGUGUGGGCCUUCAACAGCGCGAGCACCAAGGUUUACACGGCGGAAAGCAUUUGGCACGCAGAGGCUGCGCGGGCGGAGGGCGCUCUGAAGGCGCUGGAGGACACGCGGGCGGACAUGGAGUCGCAACUAGCCAAGGCGCGUGAGGAGGCGAACAAGGCGGCCAUGGAGGCGGCGGCGGCUCGGGCGGCGGCGGAGAAGGCCUCGCAGGACGGAGACGAGCGAGUUAAAGAGCUGCAGGCAAAGGUGGAUGAGCUUCAGUCCAAGCUGGACGCAGCAAAUGCGGAGCUUGAAGAUGUGAAGCGCAGGUUGGAGGAGGCAGAAGCGGCGCUGGUGGCGGCGAAGGAGGGCGCGACCAAGGCUGGCGACUCAGCCGCGGCGGAGCUGUCAGAGGCGUUGGCCAAGGUCGCGGCGCUGACUGCAGAGGUGGCCGCUUUGACGGCCACCAAGGCUGCGCUAGAAGGAGACCAGGAUGCAGCGUCGAAGGCCGUUGCCAAAGAGCUGGCUGCCACCAAGGACGCUCUGGCUAGAACCGAAGCGGACCUGGAAGCGGAGCGUGCUGCGGCCGCGGCCGCAGCUGCAGCCGCCACCGCGCGGCAGGCCGAGCUGGAGGCUGAGCUGGCGGGCAGUGCCGCGGAUAGGGCUGCGGGCGAGGGCGAGGUGGACAAGCUACGCGGCGAGAAGGGCGAGCUUGAGGACCGGCUGAAGAAGCUGAUGGACGAAAUGGCGGCGCUCAAAGCUGCCCACGCCGGCCUUGAGUCCGAUCUAGUGGCGGCGCGCGCCAGCGGCGACGCCGCGGCGGCGGACAAGGACGUUCAGCUGGCGGCGCUGCGGGACCAGCUGGCGGCGGCGCAGGCUGACGGCGGCGCUGCGGCGGCGGCGCUGCGGGACCAGCUUGCAGCGCUACAGAAGGAGCUGGAUGGCGCCAAUGGGGACCUAGCCAAGUCCGCUGCGGAGCUUGACAAGCUGCGGGCGAGUCUGGCGGGCAGCGACAAGGCCGGCAAGGAGGCGGCGGACGCGCGCAACGCGCUACAGAAGCAACUGGAUGAGGCAAACGCAGCGCUAGCGGCUGCCAAGGCCGCGGGCUCGGCCAGUGCAGACCAGCUGAAGAAGGCGCUUGAGGACCUGGCGGCAGGCCAGAAGCAACUAGACAGCAAGUCGACGGACCUGGCGGCCUUGCAGUCACAGCUGGACGCGGCCGGCCGAGACCUGGAGGCAGAGCGGCGGCGGCUGGCUGACAAGGAGGCGGAAGCGGCAGACCUGGAGCGGCAGCUGCAGGAGGCGGCGGCGGAGCGAGACGCGGCAUGUGAUGCGGCACGGGAGGAGGCUGAACGGCUGCGGUCACAACAGCGCAAAGCCGAAGAAGCGUUGCGGGCGCAGAUGCGGGAACAGGAGGAGGCCCUACGGAAGCAGCUGCGAGAACAGGAGGAGGCGGCGCGGGCAGCUGCGCAGGCAGCAGCACAGGCAGCGCAGGCUGCCGAGGCGGCAGCACGGGAGGAACGUGCAAAGCUGCAGGCGCAGGUGGAGGACUUGCGAGGCCAGUUGCGGGACGCGGAGGCGCGGGGCCGGGAGGCCGCCCGCGACCGCGACGAGCUACGCAGCGCGUUAGAGGCCGCCAAGGAGGCCGGCCGCGCCCUGGAGGGCAAACUAGCGGCGGCGGCAGACGCAGCGGCGGCCCUGGAGCGGAGGGCGCGCGCGGCGGAGGAGGCUACGGACAGCAUUCGGCGGCAGCUGGCUGAAGCUUCGGACCAGCUGUCACGCGCCAACAGCCGCUGCGACGACUUGUCACGGCGGUUGGCAGAGAUGGAACGGCGAGCCACCGAAGCAGAGGCACGCGCGGCCGCCGCGCAGCAGGAGCUCGCAUCUCUACGGGCGCAGGUGGCGAAACUCCAGGCAGAGGCUGCGGCUAUGGACGCGGCAGCCAAGAUACGCGAGAAGAUGGACGAGGAGCUAGACCGACUGCGCAACCGGAUACGCGACGUGGAGGGGCAGCUACCCCGCCUUGGCUCCCAGCCGCCUCCACAGUACGCCGCACCGCAGCAGCAAGCCCAGCCUCCUCACAUCAUCAUCAAUACGUCACCGGGCGGCGGGCAGCCCGCCUCGCCGUCCCACGCCUCACCCAGCAUGGUGCAGACGCUACAGCUGCCGCCGCACGCGCAACCGACGGAGAGCCUGGCUGGCACUGUCUCGGCAGCGUCACCAGUCGCAGCGGCGCCCCCACCCCUUGCAGCUUCAAACUCAGCAUCCUACGACGCAGAACGGGCGCUCUUGCAACAACAGCUUGACGCACUUCGCGGCAGUAGCCAGGCGCUCGAAGGGCUGGUCCGUGGCCUCCAAGGCACAGUGGAAGAGCUGCGCAGUGCGCCGCCGCCCUCCUCGCCGCCGCCCGCUGUGUCAUCGCCGCCGCCGCUGGAGCGUUCUGCAAGCCUGGGGCCAGUGUACACGCCCGCACCAGUAGCAGCAGCACCGUCGCCGCAGCCACCGCCGGUUGUCGAGCCGGCACCAGUAGUGGCGGCGGCGGCAGCACCGGUCGUGGCGGCGGCGCCGCCGGCCCUCGACCAGUCGGCGUCAGUGAACGCGUUGAGGGAAGAGGUGGUACGACUCAAACAGCAGUUGCAGGACCAGGCAUCUGAGCUGGAGGAGCUGCGUGCGGCUAAGGCGGGGCUGGAGGCAGCGCUGGCGUCCUGCCAGGCCGAACUGAAUGAUGUGCUCGAGGACAGGUACCAGCUACAAGUGGCGCUGCGCGCGGCGCAGAAACAGAUGGCCGACGCGUUGGCAGCUGCUGCGGCAGCGGAGCAGACGGCAUCGCAGGCGCAGCUGGCGGCGGCGCAGGCGCGGGCAGAGGCCGCCUCGAAGCCGCCACCGGGCCCCAGCCCCGAGGUGGCUGCCCGCAUGGCGCAGCUCGAGGGAGCAUUGCGGCAGGCAGCCAACGACUACCAGAUGCUGCUCAAAGAGGUGGCCACCAUCCGCGCCGAUCUGGGCGCCAAGGACGGCCGCAUUGCACAGCUGAUGUCGGAGCUAGAGCGCCUGGGGCCGCUGGCGGCUGAGGCGGAGCAGUUGCGAUCGCAGGUGGCCAUUCUGGAAGCCCGUGUGGGCACGCUCACGCGGCAGCUGGCCGAGUGCGAGGCGGGUCGCAAGCUGUUCAACGACCUGGAGGCCACACACAGCAGCAUGCAGCGCCGACUUGCAGUGGCGAGGGCCAGCGAUGAGAUCUACGGUCGGGAGCUCCUGGGGCCGGGUGCUGCAGGCGGUGUGGAGCCGCCGCAACAAAGACCGCGCGUGGACAGCGCCGGGCGUCGGGAGCGGGAGCGGCACUUGCCCGUUACUGGGUUCAUGUAGGCAAGGGAGGGCUGUAGUAGGCAUCGCAGCGUUCAGACGUACCGUAGUGGGUGGGUGAGUGUGAUUGCUGUGAGUGGAAGAACUAUGUGAGGCAACCUGUUCACUUGGUGUGCUGAGGACUGUGCGCUGCUGCGACAGCGUGUGCUGUAUUUAUUUUUGCAAUGCAAUGCGUUGCACACAGUGGGGCUGUGGCGGAGUGGUGGCGGGUGUCUGAGUGGCCGGCGGGCCCGCUGCAGGCUGGUGAGGGCUGGGGUACCCGUAUAUAUCGGGUAGCUGGCGAACCCUGCAUCCGCUGAAUACGCACUUGCACUACACAUGUUGCUUUACAGUGCGCGACUGCACGGCUGCAGCGGCGCGCUUGAGAACGUGUACUACCUCAUUAACAC